AAAUGUAAGGAUUACACACAAGCCGUUUCCAGCAUGUUUCGCACAAUUAUGGAGAUGCCCUUGCGCGCGCGUGCAGAAUGGCUGGCACAUCGUUUCGAAACAGAGGACUGCAACUCAGUGGAGAUUACGCGCGUUCAUGAUCGGACCGUGACGUGUGACGACGACUAUCUGUGUUGAGACCCUGCCGUUUGGGACGCAGGGACACCAGACGGAAGGGACACAGAGGGGAUACAGAAAGCGCGUCCCACCUGGCCGUGGACCAAGUAUGACCAUCUCCGCUUCCACCAGCGAGGGAGUCACAGGUCGUCGAAUCGCUCUUUCCUUUCAACACCCACAAUGGCAGGCGCUGCAAUGCUGGCAUUGCCAAUGUCUCCGACACAAUCGUCCAAAGAGUUUGGAAGUGCCGCCGUACAAUGGGCAUGCACGCGAAGAGGGAGGAUGAUGGUCUUGACGAUUGCACUUCUCACAGUUCUGCUUGGACUGACGGGUAUGAGGAACCACGAGGCCAUAUCUUCACGAUACCAUAACUUUUCCUCGUACUACCCAUGGCGACCGUAUCUCCAGCCCCUACCCGACAUAGUACACUCGCCGUUCAAGACUCCCUCAAACACUACGCUGCAGAUCGAGAAUGGCGAACUCGACCACGUACCACCAAAACUCAAGAAGACGACGCCGAACUUCCACCUCCUCAUGCCGUCCGAGCACGACACAGAUGGCUUCUGCAAGACGACUCUGUCUGCUAUGCUUCUCCACUACCCCCCACCGACUGCGGUACAACUAUAUAAGUCAUAUGAGUCGGACGUCAAAUGGGACAGGGACACAUUGAACAGUACACUGCAUUAUCUGAGCAAUGAGAAGCUGGUUAAGGACCAUGACUUGGUUCUUAUCGUGGACGGACAACAGUCGUGGUUCCAGCUCCCGAGUGAUGUGAUCGUCACGCAGUAUAAGAGGCUCUUGGAAGACGCCAAUAUGCGGCUAUUGAAGAAGUAUGGUGUUAACAAGGACGGUGUUCAGAAGUUCAACCAGACAAUCGUGUUCGGGGCAGAGAAGGUUUGCGAGAAUGAUGACAUGGCGUGCAACUAUGUGCCUCAAUCGAUACUAUCGGAUAGUACAUACGGAACAGAGCAAGGUCGACGUCUAUCAGAUACCCCGGCGAAGUUCAUCCACUCCAAAAUGUUCAUGGGUCCGGCGAGCGACUUGAGGAUCCUGUAUCAGGUUGCCCUGGAGAAGUUUAUGGAGGGGAGAAGUCAGUCGCAGACGGUGCAGUCGGUAUUCGCGACUCUCUUCGCCGAGCAGCAGCUCGGGAGAGACGCAGAGGAAGUGGCAUCGAAGCAUACGGGUACCAAAGUCAAAGAAUACCUCACAGGCAGAACGAGCAAGUCAGAAGCCGAGCGAAGACUGGAACGUGGCAACGCCGAACUCUCGAACACCACACGACAUGAGGUUUCCAUUGGCCUGGAUUAUACACAUGCGCUCUUCCAACCUUUGGACUACUGCGUCGAAGACGAACUCGUUCCUCUCUUACAUGACAACUCGACCGACCUAUCGCAACAUAGCCACUCCGACUCAGACGCCCGUUACCUCUCCCUUCCCACCGCCCUCAACGAGACCAAGACCCCAUUCUGGCGCCCCGACUUCGUCGAACACAACCCGUCUCCCAAUGAGAAGCCAGCAUACAUUGACAAUCUAGAGUUUACGCUAGAACUUGAUGGCCUGCCCAGCCGCAAGCUGCCCUGGGAAAGCAUCCCUCUGAUUCAGAACACAUACACCGGUUCCGUCCCCGCCAUCAUCUUUAGCAGCUCUUCGCACUCGGGCGGCGAGCGUCCACCAGCCGCCAACAUAACCUGGGAUAACUUGUGGUACUCGGACCACAAACGCGCCAUGUUGAGAAACUACUUCCGCGCGCCUCAGUCUUCAGACGGCUACCACAACCACCUCGUCGGCGGCGAUCGCUACUGGGACAACCGCGGCGGACGAGGCGGCAUAUGGACCGAAGCCGAGCAAACCUGGCUGCCCUGGGGCGAGGUCGACGGCGUUUGCGGCACCUUGCCUCAACUCAAAGAAGUUUUCAACGAUGGCAAGGGCGUGUGGCUACAUGAGCUCGAGCAGGACAACGAGCAAGGCCGUCUCAACGCGCAAGAGGAGUAUCGGCAAAAGCAGGAAGAAGCGCGACUCAAAGAUAUAGAAGAGUUGGUCAAGUUGGAACAGGAGGCUAAAGAGAAGAAUGAGCAGAAGGAGAAGGAGAGCAUCGAUUUUGAGAAGUUGAAGGAACUUCAGGAUAUGGAGGCUAAAGAAGGGAAGAAGGUUGAGAGGAGGAAGAAGAGAUGGGAUGUCGAGGAGGAGUGUAUAAGGUACUGUUAGUGGGGUUUCUUUUAUCUGUUAUAUAUCCCAGGCUUUCGCCGUCUUUUUUUUUUCUGUUUGUUGGGUGGAUGGGUCGGUUGUAUGAUAGUUUAUGCCUUUUCAGGCGCAAUCUCAUGAUGCUUCUUAACAUGGUAGUAUCGGCCAGUUACUACCGCAAUUCAACCAUGGCUAGCGAACCCUACGUGGAGAUCUUCAUCAACGCA